GUAAGAAUUCCCUUGCUCUGUUCGCCACGUCUUGUAGCAAGGGUAGUCAGGUGGCUGGCCCUCCAGCAUCCACGUGUAGAUAACGGUUCUAAAAUAGUUUAAAGAUCAAGAUUUUGCGGAGAAGUUUGUGGCAAGACAGGAUGGCCAGGCUUGUAGUAGUGUUCGUCGCGCUGACAAUCGCGAGCAGCGCGGUUGCUGCUCCUUCCAGUGGGUUUGAACAGGUUGUACAGCUCUAUUCAGCUGAAGGCUCCGAGAGUUGUGGACCCAAGCUCUCAAUUGAGACCCCGCAUUGCAAGAUCGAGGCAAGGAAGAACGGCUACGAGCUCCGCAAGUAUCCCGAGGGACAGGUGUGGGUGGAGACUCUGGUUGCAAAUUCAUCCUACUCGGCAGCGGUUUCCGUGGGCUUUUACCGUCUCUUUUACUACAUCUCUGGUAAGAAUGAGAAAGGCGAGGUCAUAGAAAUGACUGCCCCGGUUUUGGUUCAUCCCUACGAGGAGCGUGGAGGAUACAAAGUCUCCUUCUAUGCACCAAGCAGAUUUAAGUCUCACAAGGACCUCCCAAAGCCCAUGGACAAGAACGUCAAGUUCCUGGUGACAAAAGAACAUACUUACGCGGUGUCCGGGCCUUUCGGAGGCUUUCCAACCGAGCCUGACUACGAAAAGAGGCUCAAGGCCUUGAAAGAAGCGCUGGACAAGGACGACGUCGAGUAUAACGGCGAGAAAGUCUACUACGCCGGGUACAGCAGUCCUUUCGAGUUUGUCAAUCGGAAGCAAGAGGUCCACUUACUCACCAAGUGAGAAAGCGAGCGAGCAAGCCGGCCCAUGGGAUUCGCAAGAAGCCUGGACUGCUACGGUUCUACUUCUCCAUCACAAGCUUAAUUGGUAGCAGCGCGUACAGGUUCUUUAAAGUUCUUCUCGUUUUGGUUUCCUUGUCCGGUAUUUAUUCGCGCAAUGGUGAUGUGAGAGUGGUCUCUCAUUGAAUGGAGCCAUUUCUCCGGGCUGGCCACUCAGCUGUUUGUCUAGCCUAUCUUUUUUUCUUAGUUUGUAUUUCCUGGAGGAUGCUUUUGCU